AUGGCUGACGAGUCCGAGACCAUGAUGUCCGCCACACUCCGAUUCCCGUUUCAAGCCUCGCUGGAUGGAUAUUGCAUGGUGGAGACUGAUGGUAAUCUUUAUUAUGGACUGGACAUCUCGCUUGAGCCUGCUGAGUUGCCAGCACAAGAUUGUUCUCAUCCAAGUUCAGAACCGGAUACGCACUUAGGGUUAGGGUUGGAUUCUGAUGACGAUCCCGAAGACGAAGAUAAACAGCAACAAGAGGAACAACCAUCGGAAUCGAAAGCUUUAUUACAUCCGCCGUGCUGGGAUAGCCAGGUGAAGAGCCAACAGCAGGAGCAGGCACCAGACGUGGCGCCACGGCCGGUCUCAAUCGUGAUGCAUCCACAUCGAAUCGACACCUCUGACCGACAACGGUUCGCCACGGAUCACGAAAUGGCAGCAGCAGAAGAGGUAGAAGAAGAGAACAUAAUCUGCGAAUCGCCGUCGUCGAGCACGCUAGACGAGACAGAAGCCGAAGAGUCAACGAUACGAGUAUCCGCACCUUCCAGCAGCGUGCAGCGACUCAUCCCUUCUCGAUACUAUGCAACCCCCCUGAUCGAAGACGAUCUCUUAUCGACGCCCGUCGCAGUAUACGGCCUCGAGAAACCUUCGGGCCAUGUACMAAAGAAGAAAGCMCCUGCCGUGUUGAGGCAGAGAGGGAGUCCGGGGGCGGCACAAGCUCGGCCUUCAGGAGCGAACCAGGCCCUCUACGUCAUCUACAAGGAGACUGUCAAUGUUUUUGGGGAGAACACCUACACUAACCGCGGCGUCUUCAACUGGUGUGAGCAGACCAACUAUCGGAUCAAUAUCGUCGUCCGGGUCUUCGGCUACUACUGCAACAAUGAGGUCAGCAGUAUCUGCUACACAAGCCAGAAACCAACGUCGUAUUCCCCAUCUACGACCCCAGACCUGGCCCAGACAUCAUCAUUCGUACGCCCUGUACAACCACUCCGAAGCACGACAAGCCCUAUUCCAACUUUUUCCUCCGACUAUACCCCAAAGAUAGGAGGAGACGCUCGCCGAAACUCUGUCUUUAACUUCUCCAUGCCCAAACUCUCGCCCAUGAUGCACCAUCGAGCCGGUAUCCAGAGCAGCGAGAACCUUACCACAAUCCGCGCAGUUCGGGAUGACGAUCAAGUGACCAUAACCAAUCACCCACUCCAUGACCCAUCUCCAGAGGCCUCUUCACCAUCAUCAUCAAAAGAAAUGCCGUUCUCGCCAGAUAGUUUCGUCUCACCUCAUACAAAUGCCACUCCCCAGUCCCACAACACAACCACCAAUCCGCCCAGCGACAGCAUAGCAUACAACAACACAACCUCCUUCUCACAAAUCAACAGACCUCACACAAGCCACCAUGACCAAAGACCUCCGCCAAUCCCACAUACGAAAAACGAGCAACAGCCUCCACAUUCCAAACUACGAAAGCUGAAGAAGUCAGACCACCAGCAGCAUAGAGCCACGAAACUGUUUACGAGGAUAUUCGUGACGGAUAUUAAGCAGAAAGCCUGA